AUGGAUUACGCGACCUCCAGGAGCGCCGCCGCCGCCUCCGCUCCUCCUAUUCCCCGUCAGUCCCAGGCCCGUCAGUCCUCCAGCCGAAAGGGGGUCGACCCGUCCAUGCAUUUGCACAUUCGCGACCACGACAAAGAUCGCGUCCCACUCCCGCCUGCCUCGCCAGAGGUCAUCUCAUCCCUGAUCACCAGUCUGUCCGUUAUAUCGAAACCCGCGAAUCAGCACCUCGACAACCAGAGUUUGUCCAUUCCAAGCUCCCCCGGAGAGGGCAGUUUCGGUGUUGAAUACGGUGCCUAUCUCCGUGGUGGCCUCGACCGACUGCAGGAGGAGAGCAUCGAUCUCGACGAAUUGGCCGCGAGCCCCCCUAUUAUCCGAACUGCGAAGCCUCCGUCCGGUCUAUCGCCCUUGACUGCCCCAAAGUCACCCAAGUCUCCCCAUCGCGAAUCAUCCGGGGGUUUCAAGUCUCUGCUGCGGAACCCGUCACGACCUUCGUCGAAGAGCUCAGCCUCGUCCCAGGAUGACACUCACAGCAUCGGGAACUUGUCAAUCGAGAGAGGACAGCCGCCAACGUCCGAACUGCACCGUCAGCGAUCGCAUGACAGCUGGGGAAAGAAGCUGGGCAGGAGUCAAAAAGGUCUGAUGUACAUGAGCUCCAAGGAACAGCUCCGUGCUAGUUCAACAGAGAGAAAGCGCCCAGGUGCAACCGGAGGAAAGUCUAACAGCUUUAACGGCUCGUCGUCUAAGCCCGAUCCAUUUCUUGCCGAAACGCCAAUCAACGAAGAGCCUACAGACGGACUUUUGAAGGUACCGGAUCGAAGCCCCUCCUUUGAAUCCAGCAACUUUCACCGGCCAAUCCCAAACAGGGAAUCUUCUUUGCGAAAGACAGGGUCCAAUGCGAAAAGGUCAUCACAUAGGUCGUCGCGAACAUGUGAAGCUGGGUUGAAAAACAUCAUACCGGAAGACGCCGAACAUACUCCAACUGACGAUCUUGCCGUGGCCAAACGGCGUUCCGCUCAUCGGCAGACUUCAGAAGCCGACAGUAGAAGGCGAAGGGACGACAUCUUGACAGCAGAUAUGGCCAGUCCUGCCAGGACCAGCACUUCCACUCGAAGGUCGCGAGAACCCAGCUACACACAUGAAAAGGCUACAGAGCAGCCCCAUGACGCAUAUGGGAUAGAAGAAGGCGCCCCUUCGCCCGCCAUUUAUCAAAGCAGGCGACAAAGCUCUCAGAGCGCUGACCGUAGGAUGUCUGGUCGCAGGUCGGGUCGUACGACCCCGGAUCCUGGUGAUGCGAUUAGGUUGAAGCGGAGCAGCUCACGGCUGAAGAAUCUGUCGACACCCGAACCUAGGGACCACAAGGAGCCUGCCACUCCGGACCCCACAGUUGGAUACGAGCGGCCCAUGAGCGCCGACUCUGUCGACGAUGCUGUUGAAUCAUACCUAUGUUCCCCGAGACUGUCGCAGAAGAUCCGUCACCCGCAGACUGGCAGGGUGAUAUCCUUCUCGGAGGUCGGCGAUGCAGAAGGCUCGGCAGUGUUUUGCUGCGUAGGAAUGGGAUUGACCAGAUACAUCACUGCGUUUUAUGACGAGCUCGCCUUGACUCUGAAACUACGGCUGAUCACGCCAGACCGGCCGGGUGUGGGCGACAGCGAGGCUUAUGCUGACGGGACAGCAACACCGCUCAGCUGGCCAGACGACGUCUAUGCUAUUUGCCAGGCACUCAAGAUUACCAAAUUCUCGAUCCUUGCGCAUUCUGCCGGUGCGAUAUAUGCUCUGGCAACCGCGCUUCGUAUGCCACAGCAUAUCCGUGGGCGCAUUCAUCUCCUAGCUCCAUGGAUUCCCCCUUCGCAGAUGAACGUAUUUGGGACAUCGCAGACAAUGCCGCCCACUAACGCAAUACCCACGUCGCAGCGAAUUUUGCGGGCUCUACCAACUCCAUUUCUCAAAGCUGCAAACAGUUCCUUCAUGACGGCCACAAGCAGCUCGAUCACCAGCUCGCUCCCUAAGAAUAGUCCCCGUCGGACUAAGCGGAAGGCAGCAGCGGACAACCGACGCGACAUUACGCCCAGCUCGGAGAAGGAGAAUAUUGCUUUAAAUAAGGCGGCGCCGAAACUGCCCCAGCCGGAGGCUACUGAAAAUAUGGACCAGUACCGACCGGCAGAGGGUGAAUUCAACGCAGAAGCUGCCAUCCUUACGGCCGCGGCAGAUGCGAUGGCCGACAAGGAACGACAGGUCACCUACGAUACGCGUCUUACGCACGCGAUCUGGGAUCUCGCCACGACGGGCGCCAACCCGGCCGUUGACCUGCUCGUCUGUCUCGAGCGACGGCACACCAUCGGGUUCCGAUACGUCGACAUCACCCGCCCCGUCGUCAUCCACCACGGCAGCAAGGAUACCCGUGUCCCGGUGGAUAACGUGAGAUGGCUCGGCAAGACCAUGCGGCGAUGCGAGGUCCGCGUGCUGGAGGGCGAGGGCCAUGGCCUGAUGGCCAGCGCCAGCGUCAUGGGCUCUGUGCUGAUGGAGAUCAGCAAGGAGUGGGAGGACUGGAUGCGGCUCACGAAUAGCAGCAAGCGGCCCGAGGAGAGGGGCAGGAGUACGCGGGCGAGCGCGCGUUGA